AUGGCUAGGAUUACCAAGCAGAAGGCUUGUAUAGCCUGUACAGAAUCAAAACGCCGCUGCGACAAGGGAGCGCCCUCAUGCAGCCGCUGCGAUGACAGGGACAUAGACUGCCGAUACCCUGCAACACAGAGGCGGCGGCAUCUUCAACGUCAGGGGCCGUUCCCCGAUCCUCCAGCACAACAGCCCGACCUGAACAUGAUGGCGGACACGUUGAUAAUCGAUGCCGCAAGUCUUGCGACUGGUGCCUGGAGCAUGCCGUGGACGGGCCUGGAUUUUGCACCGAGCCCCCAAGCCGCCUCGGGAUUCGCCGCACCACAACUCCUACCCGCUAGAAGCCCGCCACAGCCCACGACUCAGACUCACAUCCCACAGCACGCCAAGAAACCAGUCGCGUCUUCGCUCGCCGAGAGCAAGUGGUUCCUCGCUCCUUCGACAUGGCGCAUCGAUCACUGUCCCACCCCGCCCCAGGACAGCUACCCUGUCGCCGUGAUGACCAACUUCAACCGAGGCCAGCAAGCCUGGGUCCGGCGCUGGGUCAUGGAAGGCCACAACCCCUUCAUCCACCGCAGCCUGUACGUCGACAGCGGCCACUUCUCCACCUGCAUCCAGGACGCCUUCACCGCGGCCUCGGCGUACUACGCCAAGACGCCCCAGAACGAAACGUUCGUCUACCGCAUCCUCGACGAGCGCGCCGCGGCCCUCGUGGCCAGCCAGCCUGCUGUCAGCCUCGAUGGCACGCCCUCCGCCACGAUGCUUGAGACGAAAGACCAUCUGGCCCGCGUCCACGCGUUGUACGUGUACACCGUCAUCCGCCUGUACGACGGCUCUGUGAGCCAGCGCGCCGCCGCCGAGGACCUUUUACCCACUCUGGACCUAUGGUGCAAACAGCUCUGGGAGUCCGCCCUCGCGGACGUGGACUCUAUUUCGCAGGCCCGGAUGCCCCGGUCCUCCGAGUUCUACUCGAAUAACUCCAGCCUCUCAGCCUCCCAGGAAGUCGCCACCUCGGCAGCAGCUGUGGCGGCGGCGGCGGCAACAGAGGACAGCAGUGAUCAGCACGCGCGUCAAGAUACGUUCGAAACGGACCUCAUGGCCUGGAAACUCUGGGUUCUCUCCGAAUCCAUCCGCCGUACAUGGAUCAUCGUAUCGUGUGCCAUCGGAGUCUACUACGCCCUCAAGGGCCGCUGGGGCGAGUGCGCCGGCUUCGCUCAGUUCACCGCUCGAGCCGGGCUGUGGGACGCGACGUCGGCGCCCCAAUGGGCGGCCAUGCGUCGCAAGGACUUGGCCCGGAAAGACGGCGGGGAGCCAGACUUUUUUAUACCUUCGGUACACGCGGAAAGCCUCUUGCGGGAGAUGGCGGCGGCAGAGGUGGAUGAGUUCACGAGGCAUCUUUUGACCAGCUUAUGGGGAAUUGACAGAGUCGAGGACUGGGCUUUGAGGACGUCUUCGAAGGGCAAGGUCAGCUUGAUCUAUUGA